UGUUGGGUUGCAUUGCUUCAAUGUCUCGCGGUGAGAGAUGCAAACAAGCGUAAAGAGCCAUUAGAGCUCCAGUGGAAGCAAAGCGAAGGACUGCGCGACUGCAGCUGAUUCUCUCUGCGUGUGUUUGGGACGUAUCGCUGGGAAUCUAUCGCGUUGAGGGCGCUCGCUGCAUUUCGGCGAAAUGUCGCGUUUCCAGCUGCUUUUCCCGCUGGUUGUCGUGGACCUGGAGUGGAUCUGAACUGUUCCGAUGGCUGCGGUCCAGUGAAACCGGCCUGUCUUUGGAUCUGUGCGUGUGUGUGUGUGUGCGUGCGCGCGCGUGCAUGUGUGUGCAUGGGUCUAUGUGUGUGUAUGAGUGUGUGUGUAACCCCAGCACAUUUCCUUGGAGGGGUAUUUUUGUUGUUUUUGGGCUCUAUGGGAUGCAUCUAGAUCGAGCUGGAUCCUCUGGGGGGGCAACAAUGUGGGUUACUGGGAAGGGGAAACCAACAGGACCCUGAGGCUUGUGUAAAUGUACUUCCCGACCGCCUCAGACGUCUGAGAAGGUCAGACCUCCCUGUGGCACGCUUGGGCCGCUGGCACUAAGAUGUCCCUCAGUAGUGGCACUGCAGGCGGGAAAGGUGUGGACUCGAAUGCGGUGGACACUUACGACAGCGGGGAUGAGUGGGAUAUUGGUGUAGGCAACCUGAUCAUUGACCUCGACGCCGACUUGGAAAAAGACAAGCUUGAGAUGUCUGGCACUAAAGACGGGGACGGAAUGGCUGCUGCCUCGAGCGCCGUAGCGGCAUUGCCGGACAACAUCAAGUUCAUUAACCCGGUGCCUCCUCCGCCGAUCAAGGACAGCAAAUCCAAAGCUAAGCGUAGCAAGAAUUCUAAGGACAGUAGCAAGUCCUCGACCCCUGAUGGGGCCAAAAAGGACGCCCAGGGACGGACCCAAAACGAGGGCACUGGGCCAACCGUGGGAAGUGGUUCCGCAGCUUUACCUUCCGGGAAAGGUUCUGAUAAAAGUAACAAAACUUCCCGUAAUGUUCCAAGUGGAAAAAAGGACAAGGAGGGUACUGGGAAAAGCAAGAAGGAGAAAAACGAAGGGGUACAAGCUGGGAACAUGCCCUCAGAAAAGGACUCAUCGGCACAGGUUAUGCCUUUAGGCCAGGCACGCAAUACCCCGUUUGAGGGGACGCAAAAUUCGGACCUUGUUGGUGCUGAGCAACUAGGGAAUAUCACCCUUGAUACCACUGGAAUAGUCACACCUUUGGCUAUCAAGAGCGAACCAGAAGAAGUGGAAAGUAAUGACUGCAGGACCAUGAAGAAAGUGAAAAGUGAAAAGAUGGAGUCUCCGGUCUCCACGCCGGCGCCGCCACCGCUCCACCUCCUCGCUCCCGUCGGUAACAGCGACAUCUCGUCGUCGUGCGAGCAGAUCAUGGUCCGCACGCGCUCCGUGGCGGUCAACACCUCUGACGUGGCUCUGGCCACCGAGCCCGAGUGUCUGGGUCCCUGCGAACCUGGCACCAGCGUCAACCUGGAGGGCAUCGUCUGGCAGGAGACCGAGGACGGUAUGCUGGUUGUAAAUGUUACCUGGAGGAACAAGACGUAUGUGGGCACUCUGUUAGACUGCACUCGACAUGACUGGGCUCCCCCACGGUUCUGUGAGUCACCCACAAGUGACCUGGAGAUGAGGAAUGGGCGUGGACGGGGGAAAAGGAUGAGGCCCAAUAGCAAUACGCCCGUCAACGAGAACAGCAACUCUUCUGAUAACAAAGGCAGCAACAACAGCAAGACUCGAGCCGCGUCCAACAGCAAAGGGCGACGGGGCAGUCAGAAUUCCUCUGAGCGGCGCACACCACCAAACAGCAACACUGAGGAUGUAAAAGCUAGUCCUUCAUCUGCUAACAAACGCAAGAAUAAACCCGUCUCAGACAUGGAGCCCAAUUCUAGUUCAGAGGACACUAAGGGUAGCAAACGAAUGCGCACCAAUUCAAACAGUGGAAUACCUCAUACUGUUCUUCCCCUCUCCAACAUCAAAGCUGAAUCCUUGCCUCCCUCUUUGGAUCGCAACUGCCCCUCGCCGGUGCUUAUCGAUUGCCCCCAUCCCAACUGCAACAAGAAGUACAAGCACAUUAACGGCUUGAAGUAUCACCAGGCACGUGCUCACAAUGACGAUGACAUCAAGCUGGACAUAGAUGGUGAUAGCGAAUAUGGUGAAGACUCCACUUUGCAUCCAGAGCCAGGCAGUUGCAAUGGUGCAUCCAUCUCUCAGAAGGGAUGUGCAUCUCCUGCACGCUCAAUCACCCCCAAAGGCAGAGGAUUUGAUGCCCAGAGCCCAUCUCCGUCAUCAGGAAAGUUCAGCUCCAAGCAGCCUGGCAAGAAGAAAUCCGAUCCUGAGCAUGACUCUGGUGUGCCCAUGGAUGGCUGUGAAGAUGGCCCAUGUCUUACAGAUGAGACGAGCAACGAUGGCAUUGACGAUAAAAGAGGUUUGGACAAAGCUAAGAAGUCUGGCAGUGGUACCAAAGCGGACAAGCUUGCUCAGAAGGCAAUGAAGUCUGCAAGGCCCCUCGUUCCUUCCUUACCUCCACAGCAGUUGUACAACUUACCAACCUCUGGCUUCCCUGCCCCUAAUUCUGGCUCCUCCUCCAGCAUGGGCUCCGUGGUACAGUCCAUUAGCAAGAGCCCCCAACUAAAAACUAUUCAACCCAAACCUGCAGUAAUGGGGGAUCCCUCAAUGAACCCAGCCUUGGGCAGCUCUAAGGACAAGAAAAAGAAAGAUAAGAAAAAGAAGGAGGGUGGUAAAGAAGGAGACAGUCCAAAAGCGCCGGGCAAAGGAGGGAAACCUGAAGAAGGUAAAAGCCCAUAUUCUGAGAGUUCAGACCAAGGCAGCAAGAGCGAGGGGCUGUUAAAUGGAUCCACAGACCCACAUCAAAGUCGGCUAGCCAGCAUAAAAGCAGAGGCGGACAAAAUCUACAGCUUCUCUGAUAAUUCACCCAGUCCUUCUAUAGGUGUGGCCAGUCGGAUAGAAAGUGGGGGAAUGGCGCAACCUCUCACUCCACUUCAUGUGGUUACCCAAAAUGGGGCCGAUAACUCUUCUGUGAAGACCAACAGCCCAGCGUACUCGGACAUCUCUGAUGCAGGGGAAGAUGGAGAGGGCAAAGUAGAGGGAGUGAAGGUCAAGUCUGAGGAUCAGGCAGUUCGGGAAGGUGCCAAGAAAUCCCUGUUCCCAUCUCAACCACCAAACAAAGACUCUUCUUAUUAUCCAGGUUAUGAAACAUACUACUCACCCAAUUAUGUCAACCCAAACCCCAGUCCAGGAGUUUCUAACACUGUCACAUCCUUGCAAGAUAGUGCAGUCAAGGUGAAAAAGGAGGAAGAUCCAGAACCUGGAAACGACAAGGGCAAAUCAGAGCCUUCAGAGGAUCGAAAGCCAGAAAUAGGUGCAUCCUCUCAGCAGCCACCACAGCCUUCAGUCAUUCAGCAGCGUUCUAGCAUGUUCAUGCAGCCCCUCUAUUACAAUCAGUAUGCUUACGUACCUCCCUAUGGCUAUUCACCUGAUCAGGCCUACCAUAACCAUCUGAUGAGCACAAACCCAGCUUACAGGCAGCAGUGUGAAGACCGGCAACGACAAGCAGCUGAACAGCAUCGUGCUGCAGAGAAGAAAUCAGAGGCUGCUCAGAAGGAUAGGGAAGCAUCCAUGAAGCAAGAAGAAUGGAAGCAGAAAGCUUCGGUUCCUCCUACCUUGUCUAAAGCGCCAAGUCUCUCAGAUUUGGGCAAACCGGCCCCACAAGGCAAGCCCAAAGAUCCCUCUGAGCCUGGCAAGUCAGUCAUUAUCCCUAAAGGAGAAGAUGGCAAGGGACAGUCCCAGCCAGGUGAGGGGUUGAAAAUGAAGCUGAGUGAAGCUGGACAUCAUGUGAAAGAUGAGCAGAAACCAGGACUCGAGUCUGGGAGAUCGGCUAUGGAGCAGGCAAUGUACAUGUACAGACAGGAGCCGGACUCUCGACUGUGGCCCUACGUUUACCCCAGCAAGUACCCUGAUGCUCAGAAACAGAUUGAUGAGGAGAGAUGGAAGGAAGAGAGAGAAAGAGAGAGAGAGCGAGAGAGAGAUCGUGAGCGUGAAAGGGAAAGAGAUAGGGACAGAGACCGCGAGAGAGACCGGAAAGGCAAAGAUGAAAGGCAGCGUCCUAAAGACACUCCCUCUAAAGAGGAAAGCAAGGAAUGCGCCGAACCGCGAACGUCGUCUGCUGCAGAGGAGCAUAGAGUCAGCAAAGAUCCACGAGCACAUAUGCAGUUUUCCUCACCUCUGCCGCAGCACCAGUCUUAUAUGUCUUACAUGCACGGAUACCCCUAUGGCCAGGGUUAUGACCCCAGUCAUCCGGGAUAUAGAGGGAUGCCUGCUGUCAUGAUGCAGAAUUACCCUGGGUCGUACCUGUCACCAGGGUACUCUUUUUCUCCGUAUGGCAGUAAGAUGCCACCUGGAGAGGAGGGUGAGAAGGCUCGUGCCAGUCCUACGGUGAGUGGCAAGUCUGCACCUGAUUCUAAAGCUCUGGACAUCCUGCAUCAGCAUGCUAGCCAAUACAAGAGCAAGUCGCCCACGGUGGGUGAAAAGACGCCCCAUGAUAGAGACAGAAGUGUGAGCGAGAGGGAAAGAGAGAGCGAACGUCCGAGAUCUUCGCCUUCUCAGAGGAUCAUGCCUUCCCACCAUCACCUUGGCUAUCCACUACUCCCAGGACAGUAUGACCUGUCCUAUGCUACAGGUAUCUCCUCUUCAGCCAUUGUUGCCAGUCAACAAGCCUCCGCCCCGUCGCUUUAUCCUCCAGCACGGAGGUGAGAAUGGGAGAAGUAACCGGCUGUUUUUCUGCAGACAUGUGACUGGUUCACAUGAGGAUGUGAUGUGGAGCUUAUGACAUCAGUUCAAUGAUGUUCCCGAUUUCUAUACGGUUCUUUUUCCCGGCGUCUUUGACCAACACCGACCGAGAGGAGAACGUGGAUGCCCAGGCUUCUAUCUCCACACAUCCGGACACUUCCCUCUCUGUGCUGCUGGCUACAUACUCAGGAGAGAGGAGACGCAACCUGUCUGCAGAAACGCCGCAAGAUGCGCAAGCUCUCCGUGAAAACAUGGACCUGCAGAGUUUGGGAAAUCUUGAAUGAACCUGGAUGCAAAGAUAUUUUGGAAGUCACUACGUUGUGUUUAAAGCAUGGGAAAAGCAUGGAGUGCUACUGAUCUGGACUGCUGCUCUAGAGCCAAGAGGAUUACCGAGGUUGUUCUUUUUUUUGGCCUGAAGGAUUCCAGCGUCUUUAGUGCCGCUCUUCAUCUUCAUACAUUUACAAUUUAUUUGUGGACUAUGCAAGUGGAUAAGGCUCGGUUUUCUUCACUCAGUUCAUUCAGGGCAGUAAAUUCAAGUUCACGUCACCAUUGCGAAGCAACAUACUCGGCGGUUCUUUGUCCGAGAUGGAUUUUUUUUAAACGCACUUCCCCCGUCUAUCGUUCAUAGUUACGUUUCUUACUCAUUAAUGGAUGAUGAACAAAUUGCUCAGUCAGCUUAGCACUGGUCGUUUUUUGCAAAUGUUUUGUUCUCGAAUGGGGCAUCUUUGCUUCGCAAUGGUUGAUUCAACAAUGACUCGGUUUUCAGUUAAGCGAUUGGUCUUCUGGUGUUUUCCGAUUAUCCGGAUCGUGGAGAAAGAAAGACGAAGCGUUGGCUGCUCUCGGACAUGCUUACACGGAGUGUCCCAAAAAGCAGGAACUUUGACUUCCUUACUGGAUUUCCGGCCUGUAUCGAACCUUUAUCACAUACGGACACGAGGCUGUCUGCUUCUCCCGGGCUCUAGAUAGUCAUUUGGGAAGCGAUGUGUGUGUUUGCCAAUGGAGUUACCAGACUCUACUGAACUGUGUGUGUCUGGUCACGAACUGAACCUUCACGCACGGAUACUUUGCUGCUUGCGAAUCUCAUGCCAGACUGCAUGAGUGAAGUCCAAAAUGGGGCGAACCUUGAAGGCUUUGAGCGAUCCGAGAAGGUGUUCCCCAAUAGAGGCUUAGAGCCGGCAUCCAGCUUCUAGACUUCUUCUACUACGGGUCGGUCCUCCGAUCCACAGACUUGCAGAGCACGAAACAAGGAAGACCUGGAAACCCGUUCCCUCCUGUUCUUCUGAACGUCUGCAUGGUAUAAUCCAGCACUCGGUAAAAGCAUUAAUCCAAACAGAGCAAUGCGACACAAGCAGGCGUCCUUCCUUUUCUCCCUCACUAUGUGCUUUCUGUAUAUAUUGUACAAAGGAAUUAUUUUAAAAAAAGGUUGUUGGAUGCUAUUGGAUUUUCUUACUAUCUCUUUCUUUUUGUUCUUUUUUUUUUUCUUUUUGUCUGUUAGCCUUUUUUUCUACCAUUGUUGGCAUAAUAUCAACGUUUAGCUGGUAUAACGGCUUUAUAUUGGAAGUGUUUUUUGUUUUUUACUACUUUUUCUACCCCUCCUCUUCAACGUCAAGUCGGUCCCGCUCCGCUUUGAAUCUCUUCAGAAGCACAUGUUUUGCGUUUACUGAAAAAGUCGGUUUUAAUACAACGUCAGCACGUCCAUGCUUCAGAAGGGAGCUGUGGCGAAGGAAGCGACAACCCGAGUCCGGUGCUAUCAGGAGCUAGUUUUUCCGGUUCAUCAUCAUGCGGUUAUUGUGUGAAUCCGAAACUCUCAGGAGAGCAUUAUUGAAAUCUGAGCCAUUUAAAUCAUCCUGGCAUGUUCAUCGCUCUCGGCUGCAUUCAAACCUGAUUAUUGAACAGCACAGGGAAGAAGACAUUACUUAACGGAAUUGGUUUAUAGCGAAGAGGCGGCAUUUUCCCCAUGUUAAACACGACUGUUUGUUUUUCAUCUCAGUCGUGAGACAAAACGGCAAAUGUUCGGUAUCUGCCACUUGGGGUUUUUGCUUCUUAGACGUAUAACUGUGCGUUAACCUCAAUGCCACCUAAUCUGAUUUGAACUAAUGCUCAUGAGGCCUAAUGGCACAAUGCAUUCGUUUUAUUUUGUUGUAGGAGAGACCCGGGCCAGAUCUCUUUAAGAAUUUUUAUUUUAGGACCCGAUUUAGGACCAGCUUUCUCUGCCUAAACUAACUGAGAGCUAUAUCGCAGCACUGGUCUCAAGUCGUCAUCAAAAGGCUCACGCUAAUACGAGAGAGUUAGGAUUUUUAUAUGUAGUGAUAACCUUACUUUUAGUUGUUCUGUCUUUUGCGCGUCUAGCCAGUAAACCUGUGCUGUCUGGUGACUUGAUUCAAAAUUGUUGAGGAAAAAGCGCUUGAUUGUUUUAACUUAUUUUUGAGGGUUCUUCUUUUGUUGUUGCUGUUGUUUUUCUGGUUCAAGUUUUCUCCGUGUAGAAAUACGAAACGGCCGGUUUUAACAGUUCGAACAUUCGUUUAUAUUUGUCUCAGACGGUGCUAAUAUAGCCUGCCCUGUGCGAUCCUUGUUGGAAGAGAAGAGGGAAUUUGCUUUUUUCAUUUGAUUUUAAUUUUUUUUGUGUGUGUUUUUUAUUAGGCCCCUCCCAUCGCCCCUCCCACUAAUUAAGCCCCUCCGCCCCCAGAUCCUCAGAGAGCAGUGUCGGUCAUCGGUACUUGAAAGAAAGAUGUUUACACCUCUUCAUUUCUGUGUUUGGAUACACUUCUCUUUGUACACCACCGCUCUCUCUUUCCCGGCUUGCCUCUGUCCCACUCUCUCUUCCUAGGGAUCUCUCAUGUAAAGUGUAAAUUGCUACAUUUUUUUAUACAAUACUGUAACUUGCCUUUGUACAUUUAGGCAGAAAAUAAAUCUUUUUAUGAGACAAUCA